AUGGAGAAGUCGCGGGUGUACUUUGGGGGCUUGGCUGACAGAGAAGUGAAGCAGCUGCUGAAUAGACUCCAGUUUAAGGAAGGGUGCUUCCCUCUCAGGUAUCUGGGAGUGCCUCUUCGCACUACAAAAUGGAAGGCGGGAGAUUGUGCUUUGAUUAUUAAAAAGAUUCAAUUGAAACUUCACAAUUGGUCGAGUCACCAUCUCUCCUUUGCAGGAAGGGCUCAACUAAUUAACUCUGUUUUUCUUAGCAUCAGGUCUUUUUGGAUGAGCAUCUUCAUUCUGCCCAAGAGUGUUCUCAAGGAAGUUGACCAGCUUUGUAGGAACUUUCUCUGGGGGCGUAAAGACAGUAACAACAAUCGUUGCAAAAUGCAUUUUACAGCGUGGGAUCAAGUCUGCCUACCAAAAUGCAUGGGGGGUCUUGGGUUUAAGCAUGGGGUUACUUGGAACAAAGUGCUUCUUGCUAAGUUUAUGUGGGUUGUUUCCUUUAAGCAAGAUAUCUUGUGGGUGAAAUGGAUUGACUCCAUUUAUCUUAAGGGGCAGGAUUUUUGGAGCUAUAAAGUCCAACAGGAUGUGAGUUGGUAUUGGAAGAAGAUAUCUAAUAUGAGAGAUGUUUUCUCAUCAAAAAGCUUGGAAGAAGCAGUUAAAAUCAACAAGAUUAGUGUGAGAAUUCUCUACAACAGGUUGCUGAAUUCUAGUAAAGUAUAUUUUGCUAAUAUAUUCUGGUGUUCCUUAACAGUGCCUAAACAUAGAUUUAUAUUUUGGCAAGCUACUCUAGGACACCUGCUCACCCGAGACAAGUUACAGAUGUGCAAUUUGAAAUUAUCUUCUGUUCUGUGUCCGGUCUGUGAAGAAAUUCAGGAAUCACAUGCACACUUGUUUUUUGCUUGUUCUUUUUCUCAUCAGCUGAGAUCUAGAAUGGAGAUUUGGCUGGGAAGAGAUUCUUGGCCGAGAAGGUAUGAGGAUUGGCACUCUUGGAUGGUGGGAAAGCCUAAGGGUCUGUUGCAAAGAGUUGCAGCUGCAGCUUUGGCAGCUGCUGUUUAUUUGAUUUGGAGAAACAGGAACAAAUGUCUAUUUGAUUUUAGCUCUUGGUCUGUUGAUUAUAUUGAUCAAUUGAUUAGGUAUUAUGUGAAAGUUAGGCUUACUAGGCUUCCUAAGCUGAAGGUCAAAAACAAUGAAUUAGCUGUUUUUGAUUAUUUGAUGCAGUUGUAA